ACAUAGAGAGAUAGAAAAUAGAAAUCCUAGAAAUUUAAAAAUUGAAGUUAAAAAUAUAUUUUGUUUGAUUUUCAAUAAACUAUAUCGUCAAUAAAUCAUACCAAUACCUGAAUUAAAAUAUAAAACUUCAAAUACCUAUUACUCUGGCAAAAAGUUUAGGCCUAGACGGUAAAGAUGGUUCGGUAACAGAAAAAGAUUAUUAUCCAUUACCUUUAUUUCUAUGUUUCCACUCCGUUCUUAAAAUAUGUACGUUUUCUUCAGAUCUUUUAGUCGAAAAAUGGACCCAAACAUCAUGAAAAGCAAGUUUAGAGGAUGUUUAUUAGGUUCAUUGAUGGGUGACUGUUUAGGGGCACCUUAUGAAGGAAAUGAAAUAUCAAGCGGGGACAAAAUUAUAAUCCAGAGAUAUUUUGACAAAAUGGAAGAGCCCGAAUUUAAAGGUCCUUUUAAAAAGUAUACUGAUGAUACUGCUAUGAUGAAAUCCAUGGCAAAAUUUUUAAUCGAUAAACCAGAACCUGAUUUUACCUAUUUGGCAAAACUUUUUGUUACGGAAUAUUUUAAAGAGCCUCGAAGGGGAUAUGGGCAGAGUGUUGUAGCUGUUUUUGAAAAAUUAAGGAAUUCAAAAUAUACAAAUAUUUAUCAACCAGCUAAUGAACAGUUCGAUGGUAGUGGAUCAUAUGGGAAUGGAGGAGCAAUGAGAAUAGCACCUGUAGCAUUGUAUUACUCUAGCGAUUAUAAUAAUAUGAUUAAUGUUGCUAGGGAUGCUACACGAAUAACACAUAGUAAUAUUUUUGGUAUUAAUGGUGCACUUUUACAGUGUAUAGCUGUUCAACAAGCACUUCAUAUUAAUCCAAGUAGUAAAAUCAAUAUUAAGGAGUUCUGUUCCUGUUUGUUGGAGAAAAUUAAGUUAAUUGAAGAUAAUUCUGAUGAUAGUGAGUUUAAUAUGCCCGAAGCUUAUCAGGAGAAAUUAAAGAAAGUCGAACUAUUAUUAGAAAAAGAGUAUAACGACGAUUUGGAAGAUGAAAUAAUUUACACAUUGGGAAAUGGGAUCGGUGCUUAUGAUUCCGUAGGAACAGCUAUAUUUUGCUUCCUGAAAGCACAGAGCUGUAUUCCAAAAAUUGAGACUGAUAAUAUUAUUCGACGGACUAUACAGUAUGCAGUGACUUUAGGAGGAGAUACCGAUACAAUAGCUUGUAUGGCCGGGGCAAUUGCUGGUGCGUAUCUGGGUGAAGAGGCAAUUAAUAAGGCAUUACUGAGUCAUUGUGAAAAAUAUGAUGAAAUUAUCAGUUUAGCAGAUAAUUUAUAUCAAGCAGCUGGUAAUACCUAAUUAGUUAUAAUGUAUAAAGAUAAACAUUUUUUAUGAAACCAUUUAAUUAUUGUAAAUUGUACCUAAGAAUAAACUAGUUUUUAAUAUGUCGUAA